CUCAUUGACAAACAAUUCUGCCUGGAAAAGAAGAUACCAGUGCAGAAAAUUAACAGACCCAUUCCAGUAUUUAACGUAGACAGAACAGCCAAUGAAGGAGGAAAAAUCAUAGACAAAGCCUGCCUACUAAUGAGGAUAAUGAACAAAGAAGAAGACUACCACAAUGAGCAAUGUAAGCUGCUGGCCGCUAACCUAGGAGGAGAAAAUAUAAUCAUAGGAAUGGACUGGCUACAUGAACACAACCUACAAAUCAAUUGGGUAAAAAAUAGUCUUAUGUUUUUGACUUGUGCCACAAAGUGUCUAGUCAGCUGGCCUGAGUUUACCAUAUAG